AUGAAGGCCUUCACUGUCACCGCUGCUUCCCUCGCUGUCGUCGCUUCAGCCCUCCCUCAGGGUUCCGGCCAACAGUGCACCCCUGCAACCUACUCCUGCACCCCCGAUGAUCUUGGCUGGCAGGUUUGCAACACCAGCGGCACCUGGGUUUUUGCUGGCAACUGCCCCCCAAAGACCAUCUGCAAGUUCGACCAGCAGAACCAGAGCCCCUACUGCGUCGCCCCAAAUGUUGUCAUCUCUGGAACACAGUAG